AUGACCUUCCGGAACACAAAGAACCUCAAGAUCAAGAUCAAACUCUGUAGUUUUUUGUUUGAGUAUCAACAGAAUAAAGAGGCCCUGGGUUUGAUUGCAAACCUUUUGAAAGAGCUCAAGAAAUUGGACAAUAAGAUGAUCCUCACUGAGAUUCAUCUACUUGAAAGAAGAUUUUGA